AUGGACGGAACUGGAGUGGUAGCGGUGUACGGCAACGGAGCGAUAACGGAGAGCAGGAAAUCGCCAUAUUCAGUGAAGGUUGGCCUUGCUCAGAUGCUUCGUGGCGGCGUAAUCAUGGACGUCGUCAACGAAGAACAAGCUCGCAUCGCCGAAGAAGCAGGCGCGUGUGCCGUCAUGGCACUGGAGCGUGUCCCCGCCGACAUCCGUGCGCAAGGCGGCGUUGCUCGGAUGAGCGAUCCACAACUCAUUAAGGAAAUCAAACAGGCGGUUACGAUUCCGGUGAUGGCGAAGGCUCGGAUUGGUCACUUUGUUGAGGCGCAGAUUCUGGAAGCGAUUGGGGUUGAUUACGUUGAUGAAAGCGAGGUUUUGACGGUGGCUGAUGAUGCGAAUCAUAUUAACAAGCAUAAUUUUAGGAUUCCGUUUGUUUGUGGUUGUCGGAAUUUGGGUGAGGCAUUGCGAAGGAUUCGUGAAGGUGCCGCCAUGAUCCGUACCAAAGGAGAAGGCAAUAUUUUAGGCAACAUAAUCGAGGCGGUCCGGCAUGCUAGAUCUGUGAUGGGGGACAUCCGGCGUCUGGCAAACAUGGACGAUGACGAGGUCUUCGGUGCUGCCAAGAACAUGGGUGCACCGUAUGAUUUGGUGAUGCAAACCAAACAAUUGGGGCGGCUGCCGGUGGUGCAGUUUGCGGCAGGUGGUGUUGCUACUCCGGCUGAUGCAGCUCUGAUGAUGCAGUUGGGAUGCGAUGGCGUGUUUGUGGGGUCGGGUGUAUUCAAAAGCGGUGAUCCGCCUCGGCGGGCUCGUGCAAUUGUCCAGGCGGUCACACAUUACACCGACCCGAAGGUGCUGGCGGAGGUGAGUUGUGGAUUGGGUGAAGCGAUGGUUGGGUUGAACCUUGACAAGAAUGUGGAAAGGUACUCUACCCGUUCUGAGUAAGGAUGAAACAAUUGUUGGCUUUUCUCUAUUUAUUGUGUUUUAUUUAGGUUUUUAAGCGUUUUACUUUUUGUAGUAGA